GCGUUAAUUUCAAAAGAUAUAAAUGUUGACGAACCAAUAGAAAUAUCUCUGUGAGUAACGUCUCUCUCUUUCAUUUUUCAAGUGAGUAACAUAAUAAAGGGAAGAGGGAAAUAGAUCGGCAAAUCGGAACGAAAACUGGAACCAGCGCGCUAAAAUGUCGAUUUGAAUUUGCAAUAGAGCUUCGUAUUCUGCACACACAGAAGACUGAGCAAUGGAAGAAGAAGGAGGAGGAGGGGAAACAGGUUUCAUGGUUAUUGAAACAGUCUCAGAUACUCUCGAUAGCUCUAUCAAAUUCCAUCUUGUUACUGAUAUUUUAGGUUUCGUCCUCUUUAUGCACCAGCAAAUCCCUUCCUUACUGCAGGAUCUCACUCUUGAAUUUGAUGAAUUAAACACUGAAUUUGCAGAAUUGGAGACAGCUAUUGUACAAGCAGAAACAUGCUCUUUACGUAGAAAUCAUGCUUCCAGGAAGAGGGAGGUGAGGAUGGGAAUAAGGAGACUGGAAAAGUUAAUGAGCACUAUAUCAAGUCUCAAGACUGCUCUUCAAUUAAUGAUCACGGAAUUUCCUGCUAUUCAAAGGGUUAUUCUGAUUCUUGGGCCCAGUCCUCUGCGCCCUCUAAAUGUGUAUGAACUCAGCUUUUCGUGUGAAACAGCAGCCUCUGGAGGAGAUUUUACUAGGAAUCGAGUUGUGGAAACACUUUCAAAGAAGGCCAUUCGGGUUUUAGUUUCAAAGGGUGCAGGAUCUAGCUCCUCAACUGGUCCUACCAAGUUGUUCCUCUUGGUUCAAGCUCCUUCGUCAAUUAACUUGCAUCUGCAUUUUCUUCCAAAGAGGGAUUUUAGGUACAGCAAAAAGAUAGUGCCUUUCAAAGUGCGGUUUACUGGUCGAACCAAAAAUCUUGAAAGAGAAGCGCGUGCUGAUGAUACUCACACUGCUAAAGCAAUUACAUCACAUAGUUCUAAUGUCAAUGAUGUUAUCUGGUUUCAGUGUCGGCAUAUUAUCAAAGGCUUGGCUUCCAGGGCAUCUCCAACUGAAGAGUGAGAGGGAAUGCCAGCUAGAAUUACACCCUAGUGUGCAAUGAUUUUUUUUUUUUUGGAACUAAUAUCCUAACAUACAGUUGAAGAACUCCUGGAGAAACAUGAGCAUCAGAUUCACUAGGUUGUUUGACCAUCUUGGCUCCAAAGAGGAUUAAAAUAAAAAUAAUAAUGUUUGCAGCAUAGUGAAUCACAUUAAAAGAACGUUGACAUGUACAUUCAUAAUGGGUUAGGUCCUUUGAAUACUUCCUUCGUUCUUUUGAACUUCAAAUCCAAGAUCAAUUAUCUACCCAGGAAAUUGCACCGGGACAAGAUAGAAUCAUAGUUCACUUCAUUCUCUCUGUCUUUGUUAAAUUAUUCACAAGUUAUGUUAGAUCAGUGUGACUUGGUAUUAUAUUCAUUCUACCUAUCUUGUUAAAUUG